UAAUGUAAUACAGGUAGUUGCUUCUUUUUAAGUUCUGAACAAGGUGUAAUUGUAAAACCUGGCGACGAAAUUCGUACAACGUGUGUGUACAAGUCAACAUCAAGGGACACAACCACAUACUACGGAGACGACACAACUGAUGAAAUGUGUUUUUCAUUUUUGAGUUAUUUCCCGGCCGAGAAAACCAGAAGAAGAUGCAAUGCAUGGAGAGAUACCAGUCCUUGUGAUUGGAAGGACAAUGAUAAUAUAGCUCUUGGUUGCGACUUUAGGUCUUUGCGAUUAGAUAAUCCAGAGAUGAGGCACUUGGUUUCAAAUGUAACCAAAAAGUGUCUCCCAGGUUUUUGUAAAGUCGAAUGCUUGCUGUAUGUUCGUGAAAUAAAGAAGUUGCCAUGUUUCGUAGGUGAUGCAGAUAAAUACGCGAGAUACAUAGCACUGGUGGAGAAGCCCCAAAAUAAUACGCUCCAGUAUAUAAGUAACUUUUAUGCAGCAUUAGACUCAUGUGACAAGGAAUUGAUGGAUGAACAGAUUCAUGCACUUAAAACAGCAUUCAAUAUGGAAAAAAAGGAGUCAGAAAUAAAUGGCAGUUGUGUAAUGAACAGGUGCGACAAUGAGUGCGGGGUGAGUUCCGCCGAAACGGUUGUGUUUGGUGUUCAAGUGUUCAUAUUCGUGACAAUGCUUCAUCAUGUUUUGUUUGGCUAUCCUGUAUUCUAGUAUUUGUAAUUCGGGAUAAAUAAUUAUUUUUUGUUUGAUUUAGUGUAACACCGACACAACCGAUUGGGCGCAGCCAGCUGAAUGGCUUCCUUACAUGAAUAAUUCUACACCCUACCAACAUCGGUGAGGUGGGGGGGGGGUGAUUCUAUGGAGGCUCCUGGAAUUAGUAAUUAUAGUAGUUUGAAACAUGAUAACAAACUGAGUUGUAAAUUGUCAUACAUCUGUCAUAUUAUCAAAGUAGUCAACCGAGGUCAACAUUUUCUAGUUUUUCUAGUGUAGAUAUUAUAACAUAACACAGCUGAAAAACUCUUUUAGAUGUAUUUGUUUAUUGUACAAAGUAGCCUAUACAUGUGUAUGAAUUCAUACCGAUCACAUUGACAAAUUAAAUUGGUUAAUUUUGCGAUUUCGUAAUUUUAUGCAUUAAUAAGUAAGUUGUAAGUACUUCUGUUGGCUUUAUGUUGUAAUUAUAGUAAUUUCAGAGUCGAAGUAAAAAAAACUGCUUAACACCUAUCGUGUAGAAUUUUAUGCAAGCCAUCAUAAUUUAUUUAUUUUUGCAGUUUAUUCAAUAAUCAGGGGAUAAGUGCCUAUUUCAUUGUAAGACCAUAAUAUCUUUCGCCAAGUUAACACCAGAAUGCAGUUUCACAAGUGAAAGUAUAUCAUAUGCUGUGAAAUAUAUUCUGAUCGAAACAACUUUUCUUUUUUUAUUUCAUGGAUUUUCCGUUCCAAUGAAUAUAGACAUAUUUUCAUUACAAUGUAUUUUAAAGUAGCAUAGAACAGGGUUAGGUAGCUGUAAUCAAAUACCGUAUAUCUAAUGAAAUUGUGGUAUACGUGAAAACAGGAUAUCAAGUUUCCGUACUGAAUUUAUGGAACGAAUAAAAUUUGUAAUACAA